AGGAAUAGUAGAGAAACGGAAGACUCGGCUCCGUCUGCUCUUCGGCUCCUUUCUUUCCUGCCAGAUCCGAGGAUCUAAAGUCUAAACCACAGAGUGCUCCCUACAAUAGCGCCGAAGAGUUCGUCUUAGGCGACCCCGCUUCAGCUAUUUAUCCGAUCGAAUGCCGAUGCUAUGCGUCAUUGAGCUUUUCAUUCGGUCUCAGCUGCUGAUCACCCGUCCUUACGGAUUAAAAGCACUCGCUUGAUCAAUUUCUUGAGUUUCUUCAUCCUUUUCGAGAUUAACAACGAGAGAUGGCCUCCCAACAAUCCACUCCUGCGGGAUCUGUGCGCUAUGCUCAACUGGUGGGAAAUGCAUUUGUGCAGCAAUUCUUCCUCGUCCUGCAUAAGUCACCGGACCAGCUUCAUCGAUUCUACAAGGAAAGUAGCAAGCUGGGACGUCCUGGACCUAAUGGAGAGAUGACCGCGACCUCCUCCUUGCAGGACAUCAACGAGAAGAUUCUAUCGAUGGACUACAGCGAGUACCGAACUCAGAUAAAGACAGUGGAUGCACAAGAAACCCUUAACGGUGGGGUCCUUGUCCUUGUCACGGGUUACCUAUUUGGGAAGGAUGAUGUCAGGAGAGGUUUCACCCAAAGCUUCCUUCUUGCGACCCAGGAGACAGGCUUCUACGUUUUAAAUGAUAUAUUCCGAUUUGUUGAAGAAGAGGACCAGCAACAGGAGCGGCAGGGUUUGGCGAAUGAAACCUGGGUUCCUUUUUCUGCAGAGAAUGGUACUGUUACACCCCAGGAGCAUUAUCCUUCUGAGCAAAGUGAAGAAGAACCGGAAAAGGAUGAAAUAACUGAAGAAGAAGUUUAUGAUCCUUCGGAACAUGGCGGAGAAUCUUCAAAUGAUACAGCAGAGCAUGUCGAGAAGGAGAUCAAUGAAGUUCCAACUGCUUUGCAGCCUACUGUGGCUGGUUCAAAUCCUUCAACUGGCCGGAAGCCAAAUGUGUCCUAUGCUUCAAUUGUGAUGGCGAUGAAAGAAAAACCUGCACCUGUAUCAGUUGCCAAAUCUGCUCCCAACGAGGCAGUACCUACUGAUACAGAACAGAAAGCUCCUGCUGCUCCUACACCAGCACCAGCACUAGCACGGGCAGCAAAAGUUCCUGCCCGAGGUUCUUAUGCUGCAGAAACCAACGUUGCCCAGGAGUCAGAAGCUGAAGGGUAUUCUAUAUACAUCAAACGGCUGCCUUUGAAUGCUACCUGUGCUCAACUUGAAGAGGUUUUCAAAAUCUUUGGUCCAAUCAAGCCCAAUGGCAUACAAGUUAGACGCAAUAUGUUACAUGGGUUUUGCUUUGGUUUUGUGGAGUUUGAGGUGGCUGAUGCCGUUAAAAGUGCAAUUAAGGCUUCACCUGUAUUGAUUGGUGGUCGUAAAGCUUAUGUUGAGGAAAAAAGAACCAAUGCUCCACGAGUGAAUAACCAAGCAAGGUUUGCACCUGUUAGAGGAGCUGGAUACCGCGGUAAUGGAAUGAGGGGUCGUGGAUAUUAUGGUGGUGGGAGGGGUUAUGGAAGGUGGGGAGGAGACUACAGUUUCAGGCCUGAUUUUGGGAACAGAGGGGGUAGGGGUGGCGGUCCCUUCUGGCCGAGGCGGCGAUAUAGAACACCACAGGCUUGAUCAAAUGGCCUCUUAUGCUGCACCCAUGGCCGCUCUGGGUCUUUACCUCCAGUGCCUGCGUCUGCAUAAAACAAACAGAGACUCAAGAACUGUUUUCCUUCAUUCAUGGCAGAUAUCUCAGCAGCUGGUUAUUUGACUCUCUUCCAAGCCUUUUCGUCUUGUGCAAGAUGCAAUUUUUAUUUUUUAGUUUAUGGAAUGUUUCGUUCGAACUUUCAUUGCUGCUAAAAAUAUAGGUAGGAAAUAGUGUUUUUAGUCUUAUUGUGUUGUUAUGUUUCCAUGAUUUGGAAACAGUUUUCCGUUCCCCUUCAGCAUUUGAGAAAAAUCAAUGGUGAUAAGGGAAAAUCUUCCUCUAACCUCGAAUUUAUGCUUCUGUGACAAGUUGUAAAAUUGUUUUUGCUUUCCAUGAAAAGUUUUUUACACCUA